GCGUCUUCCUCGUGGUCGUCAUCUUAAGUCUUCUCCGGACCCCGCCUCAGGCGGCCAGAGCACCCCCGAGUGCCGUCGUCGAAGGGACAAGACCCGUGAACCCCAGCGAAGACCGUUGUCCCUACGGCAGCGAGCCCCGUCCGGGCCGGGCGGCGGUGCCCGAUCGCCGAGAGCUCGCCGCUGGGCCGGCUCUGCCAAGAUGGCGUGGGUGCGCUGAGGUUGAGCAUGGAAAGGGUGCUGAAGAGUCAUCUUCUGAGCAGUGCUUUCUGUGCAUGGACUGCCAUAUCAGAACUCUCCAGACAAGCCCAUCAGUUCUGAAGAUAGCUCUGUGAGUGAAGUGUGUCCCUCACUUGAAAAACAGUUGGCACCUCCUCAGUGCCAAGCAACCUACCCCGGACAGAAACUGUUCUUAGGUGGAGUGUGCACAAGCUACUCCUGGUUCAGUGAAAACGUCUUUGGUUUUUAAAAAAAAAAAGGGACAGAGAAACUCAGUCUGGGGUACUUGGCAGGACCUCAUCUGUGAAGAGUUGUAUAUUUCAUGUAUCAGGAACAGACAGCUGUGAGCAGGUUGGGAUGGACUUUCCGGCUACCUCGGGGUUGCUCCCGCACCAGGCUGUGCCCAGCAGUGAGAAACCACACAGUGGCAUCGAGUGUGGGGAGACCUUCCAUGGUGAAAGCAGUCAGUAUCAGUGGGGUGAAUGUGAGAGCACCUUCAACCACGAGCACACACUUAUCCAGCCCCAGAAUUUCUGUGCUGGAAAGGCACUUUAUAAAUGUCAUAAGUGUGGGCAAGCGGCCGUCAGCUGCAAGUGUGGGCGAGGUAAGCGGCAGCGAACUGGCUCUCAAGAAAGGCCUUAUGAGUGUGGUAUAUGUGGGCAGUUCUUUGGCCAGAUCUCCAUCCUUGUCAAACACCAAAUAACUCACAGUGCAGAAAGGCCUUAUGAGUGUAGCGAAUGUGGGAAGACCUUUAAGCGUACUGCUGAACUCAUCAGGCACUGGAGAAUUCACACAGGAGAAAAACCUUACGAGUGCAGUGAGUGUGGGAAAUCUUACACUCGAAGCUCCAACCUCGUUGAACACCAGAGGAGUCACACUGGAGAAAUAGGUUAUGCACGUUACACAUGUGGCAUAUGUGGAAAAUCCUUUAAACAGAGCUCCAAACUCACUCUACACAAGAGGGUUCACACAGGAGAAAGGCCAUAUGAGUGUGAUCAGUGUGGCAAGUGCUUUAGCCAAAUCUCCAACCUCAUGCAACACCAGAGUGUUCACACCGGAGAAAGACCAUAUGAUUGUGCAGAGUGUGGGAGAUCCUUCAGCCGGAGGUCCAACUUCAUCGAACACCAGAAGGUUCACACAGGAGAAAGGCCUUACGAGUGUGGUGAGUGUGGGAAAUUCUUUAGCCGAAGCUCCAUUCUUAGUGAACACCAGAGGGUUCACACAGAAGAGAGGCCUUAUGAGUGUGGAGAGUGUGGGAAAGCCUACAGACGAGUCUCCAGCCUCAUUGAACACCAGAGGGUUCACACAGGAGAGCGACCUUAUGAGUGUAGUGAUUGUGGGAAAUCGUUCAUCCGAAACUCCACCCUCACUCGGCACCGGAGAGUCCACACUGGGGAGUUCAGUGGAGAGUUUGCUGGAGAUUACACUGAAGAGUUCACUGAUGAAUUCGCUGGAGACUUCUUGGAAAAUGCACUAUGAAUGCUGUAAAAGCAAAUUCUUUAGCCAGUUCUCCAACGUCAUCACCAAAAACUUCAUACCAGAAAGAGGCCUUAUGAGUGUAGCAAAUGUGGGGAAGCCUUCAGCCCCAAGAAGUGCACCCAGGAGAAAGACUUCAGACCUAAGGGAGUGUGCUGUGUCCUUCAGUGGCCCCAAGAUAGACUUUAUAUGGCAUGAAGUCAAACUCUCUGUGCCUGAAACCUACAGCUGGGACAUUUGCUGAGGUGUUCAGAUGCAUGAAACUUUCAGGAGCUGCACUGCACAUUCUAACUGGCCUAAGCCCUUGCCAGAAUUCUGUCACUGCCAGUUUAUAUGGCAGAAGCCAUCAUAACCACCACCAAGCAGGCCUGUGCAUCAUUCAUCCCCGUCCUCAGGAUUGGCAGGUGUCAGCCCGCUCAAUCUUGCCUUCCCUGAAGGGAAGUCAUGAGGAAUCUGAACCUUCAGGACAUGGUCUUCACCUGGCUUUGGACAAGAGCACCCAGUCUGGGUUCUGCCAGCAGCUCCCUCGAAAGGUUCACCUUCAUGCCAUUGUUGAUUAGUCUCCUGGGAUGUUCCUGAUUUACUUUUCCAGCCAAGUCACCAACCAAGAAAUGCUUCCCAUCCAUUGCUCUGGUUUGUGUACUGAUAAAGGCCUUAUUACUUCAGC